AUGGAAGCCGCGCUGGAUCCUCUGAGCCCGAGGCAGCCGCUGCUCUCACCACACAAAAGCGAUGCCGAGCAGCCGAGCAGGACAAAAGAGGUGGGGGGCAGCCAGACAAGAGAAACGGAGGCCGCCUUGCCGGGCCCGAGCUCCCCCCGGCAGCGGGAGAGCGGCUGCGGCUCCCCGGGCAGGGCCGGGCUCCGGGAACGGCCCCGGGAACUGCACCGGGAACGGCCCUGGGAACUGCCCCGGGAACUGCCCCGGGAACGGCCCCGGGAACUGCACCGGGAACUGUCCCGGGAACUGCCCCGGGAACUGUCCCGGGAACUGCCCCGGGAACUGCCCCGGGAACGGCCCCGGGAACUGCCCCGGGAACUGCCCAGGGAACUGCCCCGGGAACUGUCCCGGGAACUGCCCCGGGAACUGUCCCGGGAACUGCCCCGGGAACGGCCCUGGGAACUGCCCUGGGAACUGUCCCGGGAACGGCCCCGGGAACUGUCCCGGGAACUGCCCAGGGAACUGCCCCGGGAACUGUCCCGGGAACGGCCCCGGGAACUGCCCCGGGAACUGCCCCGGGAACUGCCCCGGAACAGCCCCGGGAACUGCCCCGGGAACGGCCCCGGGAACUGCCCCGGAACAGCCCCGGAACUGCCCCGGGAACGGCCCCGGGAACUGCCCUGGGAACGGCCCCGGGAGCUGCCCCGGAGCGGCCCCGGGAACUGCCCCGGGAACUGCCCCGGGAACUGCCCCGGGAACGGCCCCGGGAACUGCCCCGGGAACGGCCCCGGGAACUGCCCCGGAGCUGCCCUGGGAACUGCCCCGGGAACUGCCCCGGGAACUGCCCCGGGAACUGCCCCGGGAACUGCCCUGGGAACUGCCCCGGGAACUGCCCCGGGAACUGCCCCGGAGCUGCCCUGGGAACUGCCCCGGGAACUGCCCCGGGAACUGCCCCGGAGCUGCCCCGGGAACUGCCCCGGGAACUGCCCCGGGAACGGCCCCGGGAACUGCCCCGGGAACGGCCCCGGGAACUGCCCCGGGAACGGCCCCGGGAACGGCCCCGGGAACGGCCCCGGAGCGGCCCCGGGAACUGCCCCGGGAACUGCCCCGGGAACUGCCCCGGGAACUGCCCCGGGAACGGCCCUGGGAACUGCCCUGGGAACGGCCCCGGAGCGGCCCCGGGCAGGGCCGGGCUGA